AUGCCUGGUGUUAAUUAUGGAACAUAUUGGUUUCAUGAAAGGCCUUUGCCUAUUGUUAUGUACACCGACAUUGUAUGUGUUAAAGAUUUUUAAAAGUUAUUUAAAAAAUUAUUGUCUUACGUUUGUUUAUACUUUUUAUAGCUUACUCUACUCAAUAGCUGGGUAUUUCAGAGAAACUUCUAUCAAAAGUACUAUUUUCUAUGCGCGACAUUAGUGGUUAGCAUUGCGUACCUGUUGACCGUUUACUACAGUUAUUUAACUUAUGUUUGUUUGGAGAAAAACAAAAACGCCUAUACAGCUAAAACCCUUAAAAUCAACAAACAACUGUCAAUUUGCAUGUUGUGUCAGGUAAGAAAAUUCUAUUCUCUCUCUCUCUAAGGUAGAAUAGAAUAUGGUAGGCUGGGUAUGGUAGGGUAGGGUAGAGUAGGGUAGGGUAGGGUAGGGUAGGGUAGAGUAGGGUAGGGUAGGGUAGGGUAGGCUAGGGUAGGGUAGGGUAGGGUAGGGUAGAGUAGGGUAGGGUAGGGUAGGGUAGGGUAGGGUAGGGUAGGGUAGGGUAGGGUAGGGUAGGGUAGGGUAGGGUAGGGUAGGGUAGGGUAGGGUAGGGUAAGAUAAGUCUUCAAAGACGCAUUAUAACAUUUUUUAGGUCAUUUGCUCCUUGACUGUAGGAUGUGCGCCAGUAUUAGUGUUCACAAUUCCUACAUUUUUGUACGCUGACAGUGGUAUCAGUACCUGGAUUUGCGGGGUCAUCUUGAGUUUUGUACCUAUUUGCAAUCCGAUUGUCACUAUAAUCAUCAUGAAGCCGUACCGUGAAACAUUGUUGAGAAUUGUGUGCCGACGGAAGAUCAAUAACACUGGAAGUUCAAGUUUUGGAGGCGUUACAGACACUAGUAUUAACACUUCUAAAAUUUAA